GCCGUCUCCUGGCAACCCCAGCCUCCUGACGCAACCGUGAUGUGCCCCUCCUCCGGUCCCCUAUAUUCGGUGAACUAGUGGACAGAGUACAGAGGGCAAGCCGCGGGAAAUUGGUCUGAAAGGAAGGGCUACUUAUAUCACUGGUAGAUGGUACUCAAGCCUCUCUUUAAUUAAUUGCCCCUAAUCAGGCGCGGACAGAAUUGAAUCAAUCCAAUUGUGCCAUAGAGCUCACGGGAACGUUUCAGCCAGGUGUGGUUGCCAUGGAGGCAGGCUCGGGCCCUCAGAAGAAAGUGUCCAGUGUCUGGGACCUGGGGCCAUCACAGGAGGAUGACCUGAAGGGCCAGGAGGAGAUUGGUUCCGCUCCAGACGACCACCUGAGGACCCUGAAAGCCCUGACGGAGAAGCUGAGACUGGAGACGCGGAGGCCAUCCUACCAGGAAUGGAAGGCCUGUUUAGAGGCUCAUGGUAGCAGAAUCCUGGUUUCACCAAAGCAGAACUCCAGGGACACAGCAAUGCCAGUGGAGACGUGGGUGGAGCCCCAGAGUGAGGUGACGUUAGCCAGUCACAAAAGCCUGGUGAUACAACAGCAGCGACGGCCAGAUUGUUCGGUGCCUCUACCAGGGCAGGACCGGCUGCUCCAGUCACAGCAACAACAGGAAGAGAGAGAAGCAGAGGGGAAAGAGGAGGAGGAGGAGGAGGGGAAAGAGGACGAGGAGGAGAAAAAGGAAGAAAAGGUGGCCAAACGACAGCCGGUGGAGUUGAGAGGGUUGAUCCAGCAGCAAGGUUUGCCCCCGAGAACGCUGAGGGGUUUCCAGGAUAUCGACAAGGCUUUGGAGUGGCUCAGGAAAGAAUUGACUGAGAUGCGUCUCCACGACCAGCAGUUGGCGAGGCAGCUAAUGCGUCUCCGUAGCGACAUCAACAAGCUGAAGAUCGAGCAGACGUGUCACCAGCACCGCUGCAUGCUCAACGACGCCACCUACGGGCUGGAGGAGAGAGACGAGCUGAGCGACUUGCUCUGUGACUCCCCCACCACCCCCGGGUUUGGACUCUCUGCCCCGCUGAGACUCAUAGGGGUCACCAAGAUGAACAUCAACACUAGACGCUUCUCCCUCUGCUAGCCAGUACUCUGAUCUCUGGCCUCCUCAUUCUCUCUUUCCCUCUCUCCCCCCUUUUCUGAGAUAAACGUCAACUCUCCAUGCUGUUCUCACUACAGAGAGCCAUGGUGUUAGUAGGGUUAAUACAAUAAUAUAUGUAGGGUUUCACAACUUUCCCAGGAUUCCCAUGUUGGAAGGACAUAAGCUGUGAAUCCUGAACCCUCCAAGCAGGAAGAGAAAGUAAUGCGGUAUUUGUCUGUGGGCUGGGUAUAAAUGUGGGUAUAGUUUCUAAAAACAAUGAGGAUUGUCCUGCCUGAACAUGUUUAAAUGCUCUUGCCACCUGAGGCUGAGAAUAUUAGGUGCUUUCUGGAUGGAGCUUUUGAAGUCUACUGAAGCAGCCCUAAGCCAGGUUGAAUGUACUUGCGGGUUGUUGACAAGAGCACUGUACUUUGUAAAACCAUUGAAGCGUAAGCUUAAACCUGCAGUGUUUAUGAAUGAAUGCAAAGGGAAACACCCUUCAAAGGAAGAAUUGUAGGCAUGAUGUGUCAGCUUGCUCUGGGCCCUAGCUUUAUACAGGUACCCGUCUUCUGUAGACCUGCUAGCUUUAUACUUGUCUUCUGUAGACAUGCUAGCUUUAUACCCGUCUUCUGUAGACAUGCUAGCUUUAUACCCGUCUCAAUGGAUGUACUGCAGUAUUUAGGAAGUGGAUAAUGACAAUUUAUUAAGUGUAGUAAUUACUUCUUUUAUUUGUAUUGUAUGUAUCAAUUAUACUAUUUUAUAUAGACCUUAAGUUCUACAUUAAAGAGAGACCGAAAUCUGGGGGAUA